AUGCAGCUCAGAGUAUUCCAGAUCCCCAGCUCAUCUCUUCUCGAAGAAUUGGCCCGUGACGACAGCGACGGUCUCCAAAAUGUGCUAGACCGAUAUCGACCGGACCUCAGACCAUUUGAAAGCAUCUAUCGUCAUUUACACAACCAACCCGAACUAUCCGGGCAAGAGGAACAGACAGCUCGAACAGCCGCCCAGCAUCUCAGGACCCUUGGAUAUGACGUACAUGCAGACAUCGGCGGUCACGGAGUGGCAGGCGUGUUCAAAAAUGGUGAUGGUCCCACAAUUCUACUACGCGCAGAUAUGGACGCUUUGCCUGUCGAAGAGAAGACUGGCUUACCUUAUGCUAGCACUCGUGUGGCUAAGGGCCGAGAUGGUCUUAGCACACCUGUGGCGCAUGCCUGCGGACAUGAUUCGCAUGUUACAACACUCAUGGCAGCAGCAAUGCUUUUACAUUCUGCGCGAGAUCACUGGAGCGGCACAUUGGUUUGUGUCUUUCAGCCUGCAGAAGAGCAUCUAGAAGGCGCACAGGCAAUGCUGGAUGACGGGUUAUAUGAGAAAAUUCCCAAGCCGGAUCUCGUACUUGCACAGCAUGUCAUACGAAUGCGUGCUGGAACAGUCAAUAUUCGAGCUGGGGAUCUACUAACCGCAGCCGAUUCCUUUCAUGUACGUAUAUACGGUCGCGGCGGCCACGGGUCUUCACCACAGGUAACAAUCGACCCCAUCGUCAUUGGCGCCUCGAUUGUAAUGCGCUUGCAAACUAUUCCAUCCCGAGAAGUUGCCCCAGGCGAAGUCGCAGUGGUGACCUGUGGCAGCAUCAAUGCUGGCCACGCAGGCAAUGUUAUUCCAGACUACCUCGACUUGCAAUUGAGUGUGCGCACCUUUGAUCCUGAUGUGCGCGCGCGCGUACUUCAGGCUAUUCAUCGGAUUAUCGAGGCAGAGUGCCAGGCCGGCGGUGCAGUUGAGAAGCCGAAGAUCACUCAUACAUCCGCUGGCCCAUCUACAGUCAAUGAUGAAAAGACUGUUGAUGCUCUGCGUGCCACAUUCCAGCCUUAUUUUCGUGACAAUCUGGUUGAUACGGAACGUCCUUCGGCCAGCGAGGACUUUUCCCUUCUGGCAACGGCUGUUGGGGUGCCUUAUGUUAUGUGGAUGUUUGGAGGGAUAGAUGAGGACAGCUGGGACGAUGCCGUCGCCAAAGGAACGGUGAAUGAGCUACCUAGCAAUCAUUCUCCUUUCUUCGCGCCUGUCAUAGAGCCAACCCUAAAAACUGGCAUGGAUGCUCUAGCAUUGGGAGCACUGACAUUCCUCAAGCGGCGAUGA